UGUCGUAUUAGAGAAAGGAAAGUUCCCCUUUCCCACUCGGUAAGUUAGGCCGCCAAUGUCGAAUUUAUAAUUGUCGCUUUAUAGCAAACGUCUAUAAAACCAAAUACGGUCCUAAUUCCUAAGGUGUCUCGUUUUUUUCACUGUUCUUCCGAUUUCUUGAUUCUUUUUUGUAAAAAUUAGGGUUUCGUUUGGUUGAAUCAGGGUUAGAUAGCCAUGUUAGAGCAAUUAUUGAUCUUCACUAGAGGAGGAUUAAUCCUGUGGACUUGUAAGGAGCUUAGCAAUGCUCUCAAAGGUUCGCCGAUCGACACUUUGAUUAGAUCGUGCUUAUUGGAGGAGCGAUCGGGGUUAGCGUCGUAUGAUUAUGACGCUCCGGGGGCCAAUUACACCCUUAAAUGGACUUUCCACAAUGACUUAGGGUUGGUUUUUGUUGCUGUGUAUCAGAAGAUUCUUCACUUGCUGUAUGUGGAUGAUCUGCUUUCAAUGGUUAAGCGUGAAUUCUCGGUUGUUUAUGAUCCGAGUAAGACAGAUUAUAGUUGUUUUGAUGAUGUUUAUAGGCAGCUUAGGUUGGAGGCUGAAGCUAGAGCUGAGGAAAUUAAGAAAUCGUCAAAAUUAGGGGCAAGAAUUGUUAGUAAGAAGCAAGAACAGGGGCAGAAGACCAAGUUUGAUCAAGGUGGUAAGAGAAUUGGUGGUGGGAAUCUGAAGAAUGAUAACGAUGGUGAUAAUAAGCUGGAGAAUGGAUAUGUGAAUGGAGAUAGCCUUAAUGAGGAUGUUAAACAGCGCGGUAGUGUAAAUGAUAAAGAGAAUAUGAGCUCGAAUAAUGGAGCAUUCGAUGUAAAUAAGCUUCAGAAGUUACGAUCAAAGGGUAGUAAGAAGAAUGAUACUGUUGUUAGUAAAGGUUCCAAACCAGACACCAAGAAAAAGGUUACUAAGAAGAAUAGAGUGUGGGAUGAAAAGCCUCAAGAGGUGAAGCUGGAUUAUACUGAUCCUGUGACUGAGAACGGGGAUGAACAUGUGAAUUAUGUCGCAGCAGCGAUUGAGGGUGAAAGUAUGAUGGAUAAAGAAGAAGUUUUCAGCAGUGACAGUGAGGAGGAAGAAGAAGAUGAUGAUCAAGUUGUUGAUGGAUCUAAAGCUGGGACGAAGUCAAAGGGCUGGUUUUCUUCAAUGUUUCAGAGUAUUGCAGGCAAGGCUAAUUUGGAGAGGGCUGAUCUUGAGCCAGCUUUGAAAGGUCUGAAGGACAGGCUUAUGACUAAGAAUGUGGCUGAGGAGAUAGCAGAGAAACUUUGUGAAUCAGUUGCAACAAGCCUUGAGGGUAAAAAGCUGGGUUCGUUUACAAGGAUAUCAUCAACAGUUCAGGCUGCUAUGGAAGAUGCCCUUGUUCGCAUCCUUACUCCUAAACGUUCUAUUGACAUACUUAGGGAUGUUCAUGCUGCCAAAGAACAAGGGAAACCAUAUGUUGUUGUGUUUGUAGGUGUCAAUGGAGUUGGAAAGUCCACCAAUCUGGCCAAGGUUGCAUACUGGCUGUUGCAACACAAGGUCAGUGUCAUGAUGGCUGCCUGUGAUACAUUCCGUUCUGGAGCUGUUGAGCAGCUUCGUACUCAUGCGCGCAGACUUCAGAUUCCAAUCUUUGAGAAAGGUUAUGAGAAGGAUCCUGCUAUUGUGGCAAAGGAAGCAAUCCAAGAGGCCACUCGCAAUGGUUCAGAUGUGGUUCUUGUUGAUACAGCUGGUCGAAUGCAGGAUAAUGAACCAUUGAUGCGUGCACUCUCAAAGCUUAUCUACCUUAACAGUCCGGAUCUUGUCCUUUUUGUUGGUGAAGCGCUAGUUGGUAAUGAUGCUGUGGAUCAACUUUCAAAAUUCAAUCAGAAACUUGCGGAUCUGUCAAACUCACCAAAUCCAAGAUUGAUUGAUGGCAUUCUUCUUACCAAGUUCGACACCAUCGAUGACAAGGUUGGAGCUGCUUUAUCCAUGGUGUACAUAUCAGGGGCUCCCGUGAUGUUUGUUGGUUGUGGGCAAUCCUACACCGACUUGAAGAAACUCAAUGUGAAGAGUAUUGUGAAAACACUUCUCAAGUGAGCGUUCCAACACAAUAUGCCAUAUUGAUGCUAAUAUGUGAAAUCUGGCGUCCCUCAACAUACUAUCAUCCUCGGUUGAUUAUAAUUUUAAUGUAGUUGUGUUAGCAAGAAUUUUAAACAGUGUUUAUGGUCUGCGGUUCUGAAUAUAAUAGCAUAACUUUUUGUUUGGACAAAGCUGAAAUUCUGCAUUCUAAAUAAAUAGAAAACGCCCUAUUCAGGGUGAGUGUUUGGUUUA